AUGACAACCUUUACAGAAUCCAUUUUUAAUAACACUGAGGAGACAUUGACACCUGGAACUAAAAGUCCUACACCAGUCCCCUCGGCAGCGUCCAUCACAGCUGAACCAGAAGGACAAUCAACAGCACCUUCCUCAAGGACCUCUACCCAGGAUAUAUCAGCUUCUUCUCAGAACCACCAGUCUCAGCGCCCAGAUACCACCAGCGAAGCUCAAACCAGCACUCUCACACAGAUGAUGACAUCAACUCUUUCCUCUUCCUCAAGUGUACUCAAUGGGACAGAGACUGUUUCUCAAAAGACGUCUCCUCCAGAUGAAAUGUCCACAUCAUUUCUCUCCAGUGUCACCAACACGUUCAUGAUGACAUCAAAGACUAUAGCAAUGACAACCUCCACAGACUCCACUCUUGGAAACAUAGAAGAGACAUCAACACCAGGAACUGAAAGUUCUACCCCAGUGACCUCAGCAGUCUCAAUAACAGCUGAACUGGAAGGACAAUCACAAACAACGUCCUCAAGAACUUCUAUCCAGGACACAUCAGCUUCUUCGCAGAACCACCAGACUCAGAGCACUGAGACCACCAAAGAAUCUCAAACCAGCACUCUCACACAGAGAACCACAUCAAUUCCUUCCUUCUCCCCAAGUGUACACAAUGUCAAAGGGACUAUUUCUCAGAAGACAUCUCCUCCAGGUGAAACAACUACCUCAUCCCUCUCUAGUGUCACAAACACACCCAUGAUGACAUCAAAGAAGAUAACAAUGACAACCUCCACAGACUCCACUCUUGGAAACACAGGGAAGACAUCAGUACCUGUUACAAGAAGUCUUAUGCCAGUCACUUCAGCAGCCUCAAUAACAGCUGAGCCAGAAGGACAAUUACCAGCAACUUCCUCAAGGACUUCUACUCAGGACACAACAGUUUUUUCUCAGAACCACCAGUCUCAGAGCACAGAGAUCACCAGCGAAGCUCAAACUGACACCCUCACACAGAUGAUGACAUCAACUUUUUCCUCUUCCCCAAGUGUACUCAAUGUGACAGACGCUGUUUCUUGGGAGACAUCCCCUACAGAUGAAAUGACCACAUCAUUUCCCUCCAGUGUCACCAACACACUCAUAAUGACAGCAAAGACUAUAACAAUGACAACCUCCACAGACUCCACUCUUGGAAACACAGAAGAGACGUCAACACCAGGAACCAAAAGUUCUACCCCAGUGACCUCAGCAGUCUCAGUAGCAGCUGAACUGGAAGGACAAUCACAAACAACUUCCUCGAGGACCUCUAUGCAAGACACAUCAGAUUCUUUGCAGAACCACCAGACUCAGAGCAUAGAGACGACCAGAGUAUCUCAAAUCAACACCCUCACACCAGUUACAACAUCAACUGUUUUAUCCUCACCAAGUGGAUUCAACCCAAGUGGAACAGUGUCUCAGGAGACAUUCCCUUCUGGUGAAACAACCACCUCAUCCCCUUCCAGUGUCAGCAACGCAUUCCUGGUGACAUCAGAGGUGUUCAGAAUGCCAACCUCCAGAGACUCUACUCUUGGAAACACAGAGGAGAUAUCACUACCUGUAAGGGGAACCAUUUCUGCAAUUACUUCUAGAGUUUCAACCAUAUGGUUGUCAGACACACUGUCAACAGCACUCUCCCUCAAGUCUUUACCUCCAAAAAUAUCCACAGCUUUCCACACCCAGCAGAGUGAAGGUGCAGAGACCACAGGACGGCCUCAUGAGAGGAGUUCAGUCUCUCCAGGUGUGUCUCAUGAGACAUUUACUCCACAUGAAACCACAACAUGGCCUUCCUCAUUCUCCAGUGAAGACCGCACAACUCAGUCACCAAAAGAACUGCCCUCAACACCAACAGGUGCUGCCACUAGGCUUGUCACAGGAAGUCCAUUUACAGGGACAGCUGGCACUAUUCCAAGGGUCCCCUCUGAGGUCUCAACAAUAGGGGAAUCAGGACAGCCCACCACACACCCCUCCCACAGCACAACUCUCCCGGAAACAACAGGAGCAGGUGCCCAGACACAAUGGACACAAGAAACGGGGACCACUGGAGAGGUUCUUAUCAACAGCCCAAGCUACAGUGUGACUCAGAUGAUAAAUACGGCCACAUCCCCAUCUUCUUCACCUAUGCUGGAUGGACACACAUCACAACAAAUUACAAUGGCACCAUCAACAAAUCAUUCAACAAUACAUUCCACAAACACCUCUCCUCAGGAAUCACUAGCUGUUUCCCAGAGAGGUCACACUCAAGCCCCGCAGACCACACAAGAAUCCCAAACCACAAGGUCCAUCUCCCCUGUGACUGACACCAAGACAGUCACCACCCCAGGCUCUUCCUUCACAGCCAAUGGGCACUCGCCCUCAGAAAUUGCUCCUCAGGACGCACCUACCAGAAGUGCAGCGACAACGUUUGCCCCAGCUCCCACUGGGGAUGGUCACACAACCCAGGCCCCAACCACAGCACUGCAGGCGGCACCCAGCAGCCCUGACUCCACCCUGCGGCCCUCAGGAGGCGCAUCACUUUCCAUAACAGGCGCCCUUCCUGGUGUAGUGUCAACACCAGGGGGCCCAGAAGGACGAUGGACAUCAGCCUCUGCCAGCACGUCACCUGACACAGCAGCAGCCAUGACCCAAACCCACCAGGCUGAAAGCACAGAGGCCUCUGGAGAAACACAGACCAGCGAACCGGCCUCCUCAGGGUCGGGCACCACCUCAGAGGGCACAACUACCCCUUCCUCAUCCAGGGUGAGUAGCACAACACUUUCAGGAAGUGAAGGAAUAUCCACCUCAGGAGAGACCACAUGGUUCUCGCCAAACCCCUCCAGGGACAGUCACACAACCCAGUCAACAACCGAAUUGCUAUCUGCCUCAGCCAGUCAUGAUGCCACCCCAGUAAGCAUGGGAAUGGUGUCUGCGAUUGUCCCCAGCACCUUUCCUGUCACCCUCUCUGAGGCCUCCACUGCAGGGAGACCGACAGGACAGUCAAGCCCAACUUCUCCCAGCGCCUCUCCUCAGGAGACCGCCGCCAUUUCCCGGAUGGUGCAGACUCAGAGGACAGGAACCAGCAGAGGGUCUGACACCAUCAGCCUGGUGUCCCAGGCGACCGACACCUUCUCAACAGUCACACCCACACCUCCUUCGAUCACAUCCAGUGGGCUCACAUCUCCACAAACCGAGACCCACACUCUGUCACCUUCAGGGUCCAGUACAACCUUCAUCAUGGCCUUCGUCAGCAACACAGCCCCUGGCCCUGCUGUCACGUCGAACUCCACCACCCUACUCACAGGUCAUGCCACCCCUCCUGCUGUCACCAGCGCUUCCUCAGCAUCCACAGUAUCCUCGGGCUCCCCUCUGAAGAUGGAAACAUCAGGAAUGACGACACCUUCAGUGAAGACAGACGGUGGGAGCGGCAGAACCGCCACCUCCGCCACAGCCCCAUCCGCACCCCCGACCACCUCCCAGGCCGCCACCUCCACCACUCCCAGCACUGCCACGCACAGCCGCUCCACAGCCGCCCCCGUCCCUGUCCCGCCUGAGAAAGUCUCUGCUCUCUCGGGUCGGGAGGGCCGUACUGAGGACAGGGACACAGCAUCGGAGUCGCUGCUGAGGGCUGGCUUUGUGCAUGGCACUGGGCCAGGGGCUGGAGACAGAGAAAUGACCCUGGUGCCGUUCAGCAAGGGACAGAUGGAUUGUCUGGUAGAGGCCGUUAGAGGACUCAUGCCAGGGUCUAAGUGCGCACAAUGGAAAGCUGUAAGGAAGGCGGAGCCGGGGGUGGAGAGCACCCGGGGCAGGGAGGAGUGUGGGAACAGGUGGAACAAAAGUGUGGAAGGCCAGGGGACGUUCAACGCCACCGGAGUCCGCCUGAGCCGCAACGGCUCCGUGGUCUCUGCCAGCUUCGACGGCUGGGCCGCCGUCUCGGUGGUCGCGCUCUCCGACAUCCUCCACGCCUCCGCCAGCCUCCCGCCCGAGUACCAGAACCGCACGGAGGGGCUCCUGGGAGUCUGGAAUAACAGUCCGGAGGACGACUUCAGGAUGCCCAAUGGCUCCAUCAUUCCCCCAGGGAGCUCUGAGGAGACGCUUUUCCACUACGGAAUGACCUGGCAGAUCAACGGGACAGGACUCCUUGGCAAGAGGAAUGACCAGCUGCCUUCCAACUUCACCCCUGUUUUCUACUCACAACUGCAAAAAAACAGCUCCUGGGAUGAAGAUUUGAUCUCCAACUGUCACGGAGACAGCUCAUGCAUCUAUGACACCCUGGCCCUGCGCAACGCAAGCAUUGGAUUUCACACGUGGGCCAUCAGCAAAACCUACAAGCAGGUGAACACCACCCUCAAUCAGUACCCGCCCUCCAUCAAUGGUGGUCGUGUGGUUGAAGCCUACAAGGGGCAGACCACGCUGAUUCAGUACACCAGCAACGCUGAGGAUGCCAUCUUCACGCUCAGAGACAACUGUACUGACUUUAAGCUCUUUGAGAAUGGGACGUUGCUAUGGACACCCAAGUUGUUGGAGCCAUUCACUCUGGAGAUUCUAGCAAGAAGUGCCAAGAUUGGCUUGGCAUCUGCAUUCCAGCCCAGGACUGUGGUCUGCCAUUGCAAUGCAGAGAGCCAGUGUUUGUACAACCAGACCAGCAGGGUGGGCAACUCCUCCCUGGAGGUGGCCGGCUGCAAGUGUGACGGGGGCACCUUCGGCCGCUACUGCGAGCGCUCCAAGGACGCCUGUGAGGAGCCGUGCUUCCCGAGCGUCCGCUGCAUUCCUGGGAAGGGCUGCGAGGCCUGCCCUCCACACCUGACUGGGGAUGGGCGGCACUGCGCUGCUCCGGGGAGCUCUUUCCUGUGUCGGAACCAGUCCUGCCCUGUGAAUUACUGCUACAAUCAAGGCCACUGCUACAUCUCCCAGACUCUGGGCUGCCAGCCCACGUGCACCUGCCCCCCGGCCUUCACCGAUAGCCUCUGCUUCCUGGCUGGGAACAACUUCAGUCCAACUGUCCACCUAGAACCUCCCUUAAGAGUCAUCCAGCUCUUGCUCAGUGAAGAGGAAAAUGCCUCCAUGGCAGAGGUCAACGCCUCGGUGGCAUACAUACUGGGGACCCUGGACAUGCGAGCCUUUCUCCGCAACAGCCAAGUGAACCGAAUCAAUUCCCCAGCACCGGCCUCGGGAAACCCCAUUCAACACUGGAUGGUCACCUCGGAGUUCCAGUACCGCCCUUGGGGACCCGUCAUCGACUUCCUGAACAACCAGCUGCUGGCUGCGGUGGUGGAGGCGUUCUUACACCAGGUUCCACGGAGGAGUGAGGAGUCCAGGAACCACGUGGUCUUCCAGCCCAUCUCCAGGGAAGACGUGUGGGAUGUGACAGCCCUGAACGUGAGCACGCUGAAGGCUUACUUCAAAUGCAAUGGCUACAAGGGCUAUGACCUGGUCUACAGCCCACAGAGCGGCUUCACCUGCGUGUCCCCGUGCAGUAGGGGCUACUGUGACCAUGGAGGCCAGUGCCAGCACCUGCCCAGUGGGCCCCGCUGCAGCUGUGUGUCCUUCUCCAUCUACACGGCCUGGGGAGAGCGCUGUGAGCGCCUGAGCAUGAAACUCAACGCGUUCUUCGGGAUCUUCUUCGGGUCCCUGGGCGGCCUCUUGCUGCUGGGGGUCGGGAUGUUCGUGGUCCUGCGCUUCUGGGAUUGCUCCAGGACCAGAUUCUCCUAUUUCCUGCACUCAGCUGAGGCCUCGCCUUGA